CUUCCUUCUUAUCCACACUAUUCUCUCGCUCGUCGAAUUCAAAAAAAAUGGCUUCAUUCUUACGUCGCUUUGCAACCUCAGCAUCGGCCUCUUCCAGCCAAAUGUCAAACGUUUUUUUUGACGUCGCCAUUGACGCGAAGCCCACGGGUCGAAUAGUCUUCAAGCUGUUCGACGAUGCCGUACCCAAAACAGCGAGGAACUUCCGCGAACUAGCUACCGGCCAGCAUGGAUUCGGAUACACUGGUAGUUCAUUUCACCGAAUCAUUCCCAACUUCAUGCUUCAGGGUGGUGAUUUCACGCGGCACGACGGCACAGGAGGGAAGUCUGUCUAUGGGGCGAAGUUCGCAGAUGAGAACUUCAAGUUCCGGCAUACGAAGCCGGGCCUGCUCUCCAUGGCUAAUGCAGGACCGAACACGAACGGUUCACAGUUUUUCAUCACGACAGUUGUGACGUCGUGGCUCGACGGCAAGCACGUGGUAUUCGGCGAGGUUGUAGAAGGUAUGGAUGUGGUCAAACAGGUUGAGAAUGUCGGCACGGACUCGGGCCGUCCGAAACAGAAGGUCACGAUUACCUCUUCUGGCACUGUCUGAGCGCAAUGCCCAUCACUCGUGUUGCGAUCCACAAUACGCCAGCUGCCGCAGUGCUUCUAGGUUGUGUCGUAUAUUGCGCGUUUGAUAACAUUUACUUGCCCUGUCACAGUACUCGGUUCGCUCUCUGCUGUAUCAGUUCUAGUUUUCCAGCAAGUCUUCGGCUGAUACAUAUCCGACGCAAUCUUUCUCGA